AGUGACAACUUGCAUUACCGCCCUACCGCACGGAGGUGGGCAACCGAUCCAUUAGAAAGACAAGCCUAAAGCCAUGCAGUAACAUGUACGGGGCGAAGAUUGGAUCGACAUAUUAAACAGAAAGCCAGACUUCCAGCGAACACCUUGUGCUUGUCGUUGUCUGUCUCGAAACAAAAUGGCGCCCCGCCUUUGCUUCUUCUGCCUCGCGGCAGCGGUCCACGACCUCCUGGCCGGAGUACUUCUAGACCGCUCUACGACAACUUGUCUGGCCGCCUACACGGGUAUGGUAGAACAACGACUCGAAAAUCAAGAUCGUGACAUUGACCAGGCUAGUUCCUCGUCUGCAUCCUCCUCCUCUCGAACGGCUUCUCGACACCACCGGCCCGCCGCGACCGGCUGCCUUUUCGACCGCACCUGUGGCGGGACGCGAUUCUCCGCACUGAGUGAGCACGACAGUGAUGAAGACAACUCAACAAACCAGUGCUCCUCUGACAGUCUGCCGCGAGGACCGGAGCAGCGCAGCGCAGAGGGAGAAGAUGCGCGCAGCCAGCAAGAAACAAGCUCGAAAGUAAAAAAUUCUUCCGAAAAAGAAAAUAAGGAUGAGGAGCAGAUGAGCCAAAAACUCCAUUGCGCGAUAUGCAUGCUAGAUCAGGACGAGGAAGAUCAAAAGGAGGCGUGGAUCACGCUCCCCAGCUGCGGCCACACCUUCCACCUGGCCUGCGUCCGCCGCGUUGCGUUGGUGGGCGAGGAGGGGCAACUCCUGCCCACGGCCAUGAAUUUCCAACAGGCUGCGAAGAUUCGGCGGUGCCCGAUGUGCCGAGAGGCUAUUUCGCCCGAGGACUGCGCCGACAUCGCGGACUGGGUGAACGAGCAACACGAGUUGAAAGCGGAAAGUGAGAAGCAGCUAGCGGAAUUGCGAAAGAGUUUGCAAGGAAAAAAAGCCGCGCGGAGGAACGGCGGCAGUUCCAGAUUGUCCUCGAAGAAGAGUAGGACCACGGGGCGGAGCAGUGAAAGAACGACGAGCGGUACACCUCGCGAAGAUGUUGCUGAUCAGAGGCAGUUACAGGUUCAAUUCCGUGCUGAAGAUGAAAAUUCCGAAAAUCAACAGACUUCACACGACCACGAAUUUAUUCCAUAUCGGCACAUUUCGGACGUAGCCGCUUCAGCUUCGCAAAGACAUGCUCCGCCUCCACCCACGCAGCAGGACAGCAUUAACAAUAUGCCAACGACGUCGCUGCUGGCCUCACGGUUCGCAGCCCGAGAUGGCGAGAAUCAACACCAUCGUCGCAACUACAAUUUUUAUCCACUCGGAUCUCAGGGUUCGGGUUCCACUUCCUUAUCCUUCCCGUUGAACUUGUCCCGUGGGACGACAGGUGGCACCUCCAUUGGCGGAGGUGCAACAAGAGCUGGUUCUUCCGGCGCGUCUCUGACCGCGUCCGGUCGAAAUUUGAUGGAGAAGAGCUCUGGAUCGCUGUGCAGCCGGGGGUCGUCCGGGGAGGAUUCACAGCUCGAGCAGGAGCUGGCGCAGCUGCAGGACCGAAAUGCGGAUUUGCGCGCCAAACACUACCGGCGGCCACCCUGGUACUCCCUUGCUGGGAUCAAGCGCUGGGUCUUGCACAGGUGCUUCGGCCGGCAGCGGCAGGUGGAGCAUGACCUGGCAACAGCUGCAGCAGCACAGCAAAGGACAAUGACGCGGGACGAAUAUUACGGGCAAAUGGGCGCUUUCGACGCGAGCUUUCAACGGGCGCAGGACAGGGCCGCGGAGUACGAUCGGAAUCGGCAGCGGGAGUUGGAAGCGCGCAACAACUGCUGGAGCGAUUUUUGGCCCGAGUAUGACGACCGGUUUUCCUGUCUGGAGAACGGCAUCAUCCGUUUUUUUACCGUUCUGAUCACCAUCUUCAAACAUCCGCACUACAUUCUCCUCGCGCUCUUCCUCCUUGCGGGAUUCAACAUGCAAAAAAUGGGGCCGGAGUACGUGUGGGAGUCGGAGUGUAUUCUCGCGGUAGCGGACGACUUGCACCGGGCGGUGUUGGAGAAUUCGUACUACACGCGAACAGGGUAUCACUUCAAAACCUCCUCCGGCGGAGGAGCUGACGGUGCUUCGGCAAGCGCAGCUUUGACUCAACCCAGUAUCAUGCCCAAUGACUUCCUGCUCACAGAAACCGACCUAGCGGAACGCUUCGCGCGCAUUGGGGAGGAAAUCGUAGAGCAAGCGACGUCGAGUGAUCAUUCUAGUACUAGCGGUGUAGGUACACCUUUCUCUCGUUCAUCAACAGCGACUUCUGGUGAAGACAGUGAAGACAUCAGUAUGAUCCCUGCGGAGGUGCUAGAAGACGCUUUUGCGGCUUGGACCCUGUCGAAGCUCACUCCGGACGUGACAGAAAACCGGUUUGGGCACAGUCGCACCUGGUUCAUGAGAAAGUAUUCGGAGUUAAAAGCCCUUGCGAACAGUUGCGAACAGACGGGAGUCGUAGUCGAGGAUGAAGUGAACGUCGCACGGCCCCGCUUUAAUAAUCCGUUAUGUGCCGAGAAGGAGCGAUGGAUAAAAGAGGUGCAGAACAUCCCAAUGCUGACGAAGUUGGAGUUUUACCAGCUGUUGCAAUCCUUUCUCGCCGAGGAGGCGAAAAGGGAAGAAGAAUUACAACGCCAGGGUUGGCGUGUGGUAGAGUCAACGUCCGAAAAUGACCGACCGAGCACGGCAGCUGCGUCUUCCAGUGAGAAUGGCGGGUGGCGGGUCGUCGAGCCGGCGGCGCUACCGAUUGACGAUAAAAAACUCCAGGGAACUGAUAGCCCUAGACCAGUAAGCGACUCAGCCGCAGCAUCGAAUGAUCUCAAGACGUCGUCUGAGAGCACUGCACUUUCCGACAAAAUGCAAGAAGUUAGCCAAUUUGGUGCCGUGGCGCGGCGGCUGCGGGGCUUUCUGCACGGCGGUGUGUCGUUUCUGCACGGGCGCCACGAACAGGAGUUGCGCAAAUUCGGCAGCAGCAAGUACCUCCUCACCGCGUCCGACCUCUAUCGUGCCAUUGCCCAUCUGCCGAGGGUGAAGCGGGAGAUUCUCCGCCGCUGCCCCGUGGUGUUAGAGGAUAGGAAGAAAAGCAAAAGCAGUAAAGCGGCUGGGCGACAGGAAGAGGAAGUGCUGCAAGGAGAUGACCAUGGCAGAGAACAAGCAGAGGUAGUGGAUCAAGAUGAAGCACCGCAGGAAAAUACCUGGAACGAAGGCCCGAGCCCGGAAAUCACGCUCGAAUCUGCGGAGCACUACGCAGAGAUGACCAUGCGCCGCGAGGAACGGUCGACACAGAAGAGUCAGCUCGAGAACGUACCUGAUCUGUUGCGGAAAGCGCGACUUCAGGGUUGAAGCGAUGCGGUGGGAGGAGCAUGUGGCCUCAAAUUAGGCGGGAAAUUUCGAACUUAUUUUCUAGUAGGUUGCUUGUAAUUAAUAGGCGGCAAUCGAUAUCGAGGUUGCUUCGAAAACUAAAAGACGCAUCGGUCGUUCAUAACGAGUGCUCUCUCAACUCGAACUGAUAUUUUUGUUGUCUGCUUCAACUAAAAAAAAAAAAUGAGAAUUAUUAUAGUCAUUGCAUGGAUCGAUUGGCGUGGCCGUUGUCCUGGUCCCGCACAAUUAGGCCAGCGUCGCAUUUUCUAACUUUUAUUGUCUGAGAAUACACAAAGAAGUCGUGAAGACAAAUUUUCAACUUUUUGAUGUCUGCGAUACUGAAAGUAAAGCUGAAAAUGAGUAUGAACUGGAACUCAACUGUAGAAACAAACCUGCUGCAACAUGCAAGUACUAAAGUCAGGCGCGGGGCGGGAGCAGACAUAGCUGCCAGCCUGGAGCCUUGCUGGACGGGAAUUACAUCGGC